CCUGUCAUUCUUAUUUCUCCGUGGGUUCAUGCCAGCCCAGAACAGAGAAUCAGUUGGAGCCCAGAUUUCAAGUCUUGAGUAAAGUACCAGCAGGGGAAUGGGCCCUAUUGUGCUCACAUUCAGAACCUGUUACCCAAGGAGUGCCCUAAAGAAUUAGAAGUGUUUAUCACCAACUAGCCAAGAUGAACAUGGUGAAGAGGAUCAUGGGGAGGCCGAGGCAGGAGGAGUGCAGCCCGCAGGACAAUGCCUUGGGACUGAUGCACCUCCGCCGUCUCUUCACUGAGCUGUGCCAUCCUCCCCGGCACAUGACUCAGAAGGAACAAGAAGAGAAAUUAUACAUGAUGCUGCCAGUGUUUAACAGGGUUUUUGGAAAUGCUCCGCCAAAUACAAUGACAGAAAAGUUUUCUGAUCUUCUGCAGUUCACAACCCAGGUCUCACGACUAAUGGUGACAGAAAUUCGAAGGAGAGCAUCAAACAAAUCCACAGAGGCUGCAAGUCGGGCCAUAGUCCAGUUCCUGGAGAUCAAUCAGAGUGAAGAAGCCAGUAGAGGCUGGAUGCUUCUGACAACAAUUAAUUUGUUGGCAUCCUCUGGUCAGAAAACCGUGGACUGCAUGACAACGAUGUCAGUGCCUUCCACCCUGGUUAAAUGUUUGUAUCUGUUUUUUGACCUUCCACAUGUGCCUGAGGCAGUUGGAGGUGCACAGAAUGAGCUACCUCUAGCAGAACGUCGAGGACUACUCCAGAAAGUUUUUGUACAGAUCUUAGUGAAACUCUGCAGCUUUGUUUCUCCAGCAGAGGAGCUGGCUCAGAAAGAUGAUCUUCAGCUUUUAUUCAGUGCAAUAACCUCUUGGUGCCCUCCCUAUAAUCUGCCUUGGAGGAAGAGUGCUGGAGAAGUCCUUAUGACCAUAUCCCGCCAUGGUCUUAGUGUCAAUGUAGUCAAGUAUAUUCAUGAAAAAGAAUGUUUAUCUACUUGUGUUCAGAAUAUGCAGCAAUCAGAUGACCUAUCUCCUCUAGAAAUUGUUGAAAUGUUUGCUGGGCUUUCUUGUUUCCUCAAAGACUCCAGUGAUGUUUCUCAAACACUUUUGGAUGAUUUUCGGAUAUGGCAAGGAUAUAAUUUUCUUUGUGAUCUCUUGCUUAGAUUGGAACAAGCAAAAGAGGCAGAAUCCAAAGACGCCUUGAAAGAUCUGGUUAAUCUGAUAACUUCCCUAACAACAUAUGGUGUCAGUGAACUCAAACCAGCUGGUGUUACCACAGGGGCACCCUUUUUGUUGCCUGGAUUUGCAGUACCUCAGCCUGCUGGCAAAGGUCACAGUGUGAGAAACGUCCAGGCCUUUGCAGUUCUUCAGAAUGCAUUUUUAAAAGCAAAAACCAACUUCCUUGCCCAAAUCAUCCUUGAUGCCAUCACUAAUAUUUACAUGGCUGACAGUGCCAAUUAUUUCAUCUUAGAGUCACAGCACACACUGUCACAGUUCGCAGAGAAGAUUUCUAAACUCCCAGAAGUGCAAAACAAAUACUUUGAGAUGCUGGAGUUUGUCGUUUUUAGCUUAAAUUAUAUUCCAUGUAAAGAACUUAUUAGUGUUAGUAUCCUCUUAAAAUCUAAUUCUUCUUACCAUUGUAGCAUUAUUGCAAUGAAAACUCUUCUUAAGUUUACAAGACAUGACUACAUAUUUAAAGAUGUGUUCAGGGAGGUGGGCCUUCUGGAGGUCAUGGUAAACCUUUUACAUAAAUAUGCUGCUCUCUUGAAGGAUCCAACCCAGGCACUAGAUGAACAAGGGGACUCAAGAAAUAAUAGUUCUGUUGAAGACCAAAAACACCUGGCUCUGUUGGUUAUGGAGACUUUGACAGUGCUUCUUCAAGGUUCAAAUACAAAUGCAGGAAUUUUUCGGGAAUUUGGAGGUGCAAGAUGUGCACACAAUAUAGUCAAGUACCCUCAAUGCCGGCAGCAUGCCUUGAUGACUAUCCAGCAGUUGGUGCUCUCUCCAAAUGGGGACGAUGACAUGGGUACUCUCCUGGGGUUAAUGCAUUCAGCUCCACCCACAGAACUGCAGUUAAAGACUGACAUUUUAAGGGCCCUCCUUUCAGUCCUUCGAGAAAGCCAUCGUUCAAGAACAGUUUUUAGGAAAGUUGGAGGAUUUGUGUACAUUACAUCCUUGCUUGUUGCUAUGGAAAGAUCUUUGAGCUCUCCCCCCAAGAAUGGCUGGGAGAAAGUGAACCAGAAUCAAGUAUUUGAACUUCUCCACACGGUGUUCUGCACAUUGACUGCAGCAAUGCGCUAUGAGCCAGCCAACUCUCAUUUCUUCAAAACAGAGAUUCAGUAUGAAAAGUUGGCAGAUGCUGUUCGAUUUCUUGGCUGCUUCUCAGACCUAAGAAAAAUAAGCUCCAUGAAUGUCUUCCCCUCAAACACACAGCCAUUUCAAAGACUGCUAGAGGAAGAUGUGAUCUCAGUGGACACGGUGUCACCCACUUUACGGCACUGCAGUAAACUCUUUAUUUACCUCUACAAAGUAGCCACAGAUUCUUUUGACAGGCAUGCAUAUCAUUCUGUCUCAACUCCCCCUGUCUGCCCUGCAAAAAAUGUUGCUGACCUGAAACUGCAUGUGGCAGCAUCCCCUCUCCAGAGCUCUGAUGCCGUCAUCAUCCAUCCUGGAGCCAUGCUUGCUAUGCUGGACCUCCUGGCCUCUGUUGGGUCAGUGACACAGCCAGAACAUGCUUUGGACCUUCAACUUGCUGUGGCAAAUAUUUUACAAUCCCUGGUGCACACAGAAAGAAACCAGCAAGUCAUGUGUGAAGCUGGUCUUCAUGCACGGCUACUGCAGAGGUGCAGUGCUGCUCUGGCUGACGAGGACCACUCUCUGCACCCACCCCUGCAGCGCAUGUUUGAACGCUUGGCCUCCCAGGCCCUGGAGCCCAUGGUGCUGAGAGAGUUUUUACGUUUGGCAAGUCCUUUAAAUUGUGGUGCCUGGGACAAAAAACUGCUAAAGCAAUAUAGGGUCCACAAACCAAGUUCACUGUGUUACGAGCCAGAGAUGAGAAAUAGUAUGAUCACAUCUCUGGAAGGUCUGGGUUCUGAUAGUGUUUUUAGCUUACCUGAAGAUAACCAUUACCGGAUAAGCAAGAGCCUGGUAAAAUCUGCAGAAGGUAGCACUGUACCCUUAACCAGGGUGAAGUGUCUGGUCUCCAUGACAACCCCACAUGAUAUCAGACUUCACGGGUCAUCAGUUACUCCAGCAUUUGUUGAAUUUGACACAUCCCUUGAAGGGUUUGGCUGCCUGUUUCUGCCUAGUUUGGCUCCUCAUAAUGCCCCUACAAAUACUGCUGUCACAACAUGUCUUAAUGAUGGGGCUGUGGUCAGCGGCAUUGGCUCUGGUGAAAGAUUCUUCCCUCCUCCAUCUGGCUUAAGCUAUUCUAGCUGGUUUUGUAUUGAACACUUCAGUUCUCCUCCUAAUAACCACCCCGUCAGACUACUUACUAUUGUUCGCCGAGCAAAUUCUUCUGAGCAGCAUUACGUGUGCCUUGCUGUAGUUCUGUCAGCAAAAGACCGGUCUCUGAUUGUUUCCACUAAAGAGGAAUUACUCCAAAAUUAUGUUGAUGAUUUUAGUGAAGAAUCCUCUUUUUAUGAGAUUCUGCCAUGCUGUGCCCGCUUUCGAUGUGGAGAGCUUAUAGUUGAGGGACAGUGGCAUCAUCUGGUUUUGGUGAUGAGCAAAGGCAUGCUGAAAAACAGUACUGCAGCCCUCUAUAUUGAUGGACAGCUUGUUAACACUGUAAAGCUUCAUUAUGUUCACAGUACUCCUGGGGGUUCAGGCUCUGUGAAUCCCCCCGUGGUGAGCACAGUUUAUGCCUACAUUGGCACUCCACCUGCACAACGCCAGAUUGCUUCAUUGGUUUGGCGCCUGGGACCUACCCAUUUUCUAGAAGAAGUUUUACCUCCUUCAAAUAUUACUACCAUUUAUGAACUUGGACCAAAUUAUGUUGGAAGCUUUCAGGCUGUGUGCAUGCCAUGUAAAGAUGCAAAAUCCGAAGGUGUUAUCCCUUCUCCUGUGUCAAUAGUUCCAGAAGAAAAGGUGUCCUUUGGUCUCUAUGCACUAUCUGUGUCCUCCUUGACAGUAGCGAGAAUCCGGAAAGUGUAUAACAAGUUGGAUAGCAAAGCCAUUGCUAAACAGUUAGGCAUUUCCUCCCACGAGAAUGCCACCCCUGUGAAGUUGAUACACAAUUCAGCAGGACACCUUAAUGGACCUGCACGGACAAUUGGGGCUACUCUGAUUGGAUAUUUGGGAGUAAGAACAUUUGUUCCUAAGCCUGUUGCCACUACUUUGCAGUACAUUGGUGGAGCUGCAGCCAUCCUGGGCCUAGUGGCCAUGGCCUCUGAUGUGGAAGGGUUAUAUGCAGCGGUCAAGGCCCUGGUUUGUGUGGUCAAGAGUAACCCACUGGCCAGCAAAGAAAUGGAAAGAAUCAAGGGCUACCAGUUGCUGGCAAUGCUGCUUAAAAAGAAACGUUCCCUUCUUAACAGCCACAUCCUCCAUCUAACUUUCUCCUUGGUGGGAACUGUUGAUAGUGGACAUGAGACCUCCAUUAUUCCCAAUUCAACUGCUUUCCAGGACCUGCUUUGUGAUUUUGAAGUCUGGCUCCAUGCACCAUAUGAACUCCAUCUUUCCUUAUUUGAACACUUUAUUGAACUGCUCACUGAGUCCAGUGAAGCUUCCAAGAAUGCCAAAUUAAUGAGGGAAUUCCAGUUAAUCCCAAAGCUGCUACUGACCCUUCGAGAUAUGUCUUUAUCCCAGCCUACCAUUGCUGCUAUCAGUAAUGUGCUGAGCUUCUUGCUACAAGGUUUUCCCAACAGCAAUGAUCUGCUCAGAUUUGGCCAGUUUAUUUCUUCUACUUUGCCAACCUUUGCAGUUUGUGAGAAAUUUGUAGUUAUGGAAAUAAAUAAUGAAGAGAAACUUGACAUGGGAACCGAGGAAGAGUUUGGAGGUCUUGUAUCUGCUAAUCUCAUACUUUUGAGGAACAGACUUCUAGAUAUCUUGCUAAAACUAGUUUAUACAUCUAAAGAAAAAACAAGCAUUAACUUUCAAGCUUGUGAAGAACUGGUCAAGACACUGGGUUUUGACUGGAUUAUGAUGUUUAUGGAAGAACAUUUGCAUUCCACCACAGUGACAGCAGCCAUGAGGAUUCUUGUUGUCCUGCUGAGUAAUCAGUCUAUUCUCAUCAAGUUUAAAGAAGGACUCAGUGGUGGAGGAUGGCUUGAACAGACAGAUUCUGUCUUAACCAAUAAGAUUGGAACUGUAUUAGGAUUCAAUGUGGGCAGGAGUGCCGGUGGGAGAUCAUCGGUCAGGGAGAUUAACCGGGAUGCUUGUCAUUUUCCUGGUUUUCCAGUUCUUCAGUCCUUCCUUCCUAAACAUACUAAUGUCCCUGCCCUCUAUUUUCUCCUCAUGGCAUUGUUUCUGCAGCAGCCAGUUAGUGAGCUGCCUGAGAACCUGCAGGUCAGUGUGCCUGUCAUCAGCAGCCGAUAUAAGCAGGGUGGCCAGUUUGAUUUGGAUUCUAUCUGGACAUUUAUUUUUGGAGUUCCUGCCUCCAGUGGAACUGUGGUUUCUUCUAUCCACAAUGUAUGUACAGAAGCUGCUUUUUUAUUGUUGGGAAUGCUCCGCAGCAUGCUGAAUUCCCCUUGGCAAUCAGAAGAAGAGGGGUCUUGGCUCCGGGAAUAUCCAGUGACCCUGAUGCAGUUCUUUAGAUAUUUAUAUCACAAUGUUCCAGACCUUGCCUCCAUGUGGAUGAGCCCUGAUUUCCUGUGUGCCUUAGCAGCAACUGUCUUCCCCUUCAAUAUUCGCCCUUACUCAGAGAUGGUGACUGAUCUUGAUGAUGAAGUUGGAUCUCCAGCUGAAGAAUUUAAAGCCUUUGCCGCAGAUACAGGGAUGAACAGGAGCCAAUCAGAAUACUGCAAUGUGGGCACCAAGACGUAUCUGACCAAUCACCCAGCUAAAAAGUUUGUUUUUGACUUCAUGCGGGUCUUAAUAAUAGACAACCUCUGUCUUACCCCUGCCAGCAAGCAGACUCCAUUAAUUGAUCUUUUGUUGGAGGCUUCACCUGAAAGAUCUACAAGAACUCAGCAAAAAGAAUUUCAGACUUACAUUUUGGAUAGUGUAAUGGACCAUUUGCUUGCAGCUGAUGUGUUAUUGGGGGAAGAUGCAUCUCUGCCUAUUACCAGUGGAGGAAGCUACCAGGUAUUGGUGAACAAUGUGUUUUAUUUCACACAACGUGUGGUGGACAAGCUUUGGCAAGGCAUGUUCAACAAAGAAUCUAAACUUCUUAUAGAUUUUAUAAUUCAACUAAUUGCACAGUCAAAGAGAAGAUCACAGGGCUUGUCUCUGGAUGCAGUUUAUCACUGCCUCAAUAGAACCAUCUUGUACCAGUUCUCGCGGGCACACAAAACUGUCCCUCAGCAAGUUGCUCUCCUUGAUUCGCUCAGGGUCCUUACUUUGAACAGGAAUUUGAUCCUGGGGCCUGGGAACCAUGACCAGGAAUUCAUUAGCUGUCUGGCUCAUUGCUUGAUUAAUCUACAUGCUGGGAGCAACGUGGAUGGAUUUGGACUGGAAGCAGAAGCCCGCAUGACUACAUGGCACAUUAUGAUCCCCUCUGACAUUGAACCAGAUGGUGGAUACAGCCAAGAUAUUAGUGAAGGGCGUCAGCUUCUCAUAAAAGCCGUCAACAGAGUGUGGACUGAGUUGAUACAUAGUAAGAAACAAGUCUUGGAGGAGCUUUUCAAAGUAACUCUGCCUGUGAAUGAAAGGGGUCAUGUGGACAUCGCUAUAGCAAGGCCACUCAUAGAAGAAGCUGGUUUGAAAUGCUGGCAGAAUCAUUUGGCCCAUGAGAAGAAAUGCAUAAGUCGAGGAGAAGCGUUAGUACCCACCACACAAUCCAAAUUGUCCCGUGUCAGCAGUGGCUUUGGUCUUUCCAAGUUAACAGGAUCAAGAAGGAAUCGAAAGGAAAGUGGUCUUAAUAAACACAGUCUUUCUACCCAGGAGAUUUCUCAGUGGAUGUUUACUCAUAUCGCUGUUGUUCGUGACUUAGUGGAUACACAGUAUAAGGAAUAUCAAGAGCGUCAGCAGAAUGCUCUGAAGUAUGUGACAGAGGAGUGGUGCCAGAUUGAGUGUGAGCUGUUGCGGGAGCGAGGGUUAUGGGGUCCCCCCAUUGGUUCCCAUCUAGACAAAUGGAUGUUGGAGAUGACAGAAGGACCCUGCAGAAUGAGGAAAAAAAUGGUGCGAAAUGAUAUGUUUUAUAACCAUUACCCCUAUGUGCCAGAAACAGAACAAGAGACAAAUGUGGCGUCUGAGAUCCCAAGUAAACAACCUGAGACACCUGAUGAUAUCAUUCCUCAAAAGAAACCUGCCCGAUACAGAAGAGCCAUAAGUUAUGACAGUAAAGAAUACUACAUGCGACUGGCCUCUGGCAAUCCAGCCAUUGUCCAGGAUGCCAUAGUAGAGAGUACCGAAGGUGAAGCCACUCAGCAAGAGCCAGAGCAUGGUGAAGACACGAUUGCUAAAGUCAAAGGUCUGGUCAAGCCUCCUCUAAAACGCUCUCGUUCUGCACCUGAUGGAGGAGAUGAGGAGAACCAGGAGCAACUACAAGACCAGAUUGCUGAGAGCAGCUCUAUGGAGGGGGAGGAAAAAACAGACAAUGCCACCUUACUGCGCCUAUUAGAGGAAGGAGAAAAGAUCCAGCAUAUGUACCGUUGUGCUCGAGUCCAGGGCCUAGAUACCAGUGAGGGGCUGCUACUUUUUGGUAAAGAACACUUUUAUGUGAUUGAUGGAUUUACCAUGACAGCAACGAGGGAAAUAAGAGAUAUUGAAACUUUACCUCCAAAUAUGCAUGAACCAAUUAUCCCUAGAGGAGCCAGGCAAGGGCCCAGUCAACUCAAGAGAACAUGCAGCAUUUUUGCAUAUGAGGAUAUCAAGGAAGUUCAUAAAAGGAGGUAUCUCCUACAGCCUAUUGCAGUUGAAGUUUUCUCUGGUGAUGGGCGAAAUUAUCUCCUUGCUUUCCAAAAAGGAAUUCGGAACAAAGUCUACCAAAGGUUUUUGGCAGUAGUGCCAUCUCUAACUGACAGUUCAGAAUCUGUGUCUGGGCAGCGGCCGAACACUAGUGUGGAGCAGGGAUCUGGGCUGCUUAGCACAUUGGUUGGAGAGAAGUCUGUGACUCAGAGAUGGGAGAGAGGUGAAAUCAGCAACUUCCAGUAUUUGAUGCACUUGAACACUUUGGCUGGCAGAUCAUACAAUGAUCUCAUGCAGUAUCCUGUCUUUCCCUGGAUCCUCGCAGAUUACGACUCAGAGGAGGUAGAUCUUACUAAUCCCAAGACAUUUAGAAACCUGGCUAAGCCAAUGGGAGCACAAACAGAUGAACGGUUAGCUCAGUAUAAGAAGCGUUAUAAAGACUGGGAGGAUCCUAAUGGAGAAACCCCAGCGUACCACUAUGGAACCCACUAUUCAUCUGCAAUGAUCGUAGCCUCAUACCUUGUAAGGAUGGAGCCUUUCACACAGAUAUUCUUAAGGCUACAGGGUGGCCACUUUGACCUGGCUGACCGGAUGUUUCACAGUGUGCGCGAGGCCUGGUAUUCAGCAUCAAAGCACAACAUGGCAGACGUAAAAGAACUUAUCCCAGAAUUUUUUUACUUACCAGAAUUCCUGUUCAAUUCCAACAACUUUGAUCUAGGCUGUAAACAAAAUGGCACCAAGCUUGGAGAUGUUAUCCUUCCACCUUGGGCCAAAGGGGACCCACGAGAAUUCAUUCGAGUCCACCGUGAGGCUUUGGAGUGUGAUUAUGUGAGUGCCCAUCUGCAUGAGUGGAUUGAUUUAAUCUUUGGCUACAAACAGCAGGGUCCUGCUGCGGUAGAAGCUGUGAAUGUCUUCCAUCACCUUUUUUAUGAGGGUCAAGUGGAUAUCUACAAUAUAAAUGAUCCACUGAAGGAGACGGCCACCAUCGGCUUCAUUAAUAACUUUGGUCAGAUCCCUAAACAGUUAUUUAAAAAACCUCAUCCACCAAAACGAGUGAGGAGUCGACUCAAUGGAGACAGUGCAGGAAUCUCAGUCCCACCAGGAUCCACGAGUGACAAGAUCUUUUUCCAUCACCUAGACAACUUGAGGCCUUCCCUAACACCCAUAAAAGAACUCAAAGAGCCUGUGGGACAAAUAGUAUGUACAGAUAAAGGUAUUCUUGCAGUAGAACAGAAUAAGGUUCUUAUCCCACCAACCUGGAACAAAACUUUUGCUUGGGGCUAUGCAGACCUCAGCUGCAGACUGGGAACCUAUGAAUCAGACAAGGCAGUAACUGUUUAUGAAUGUUUGUCAGAGUGGGGCCAGAUUCUCUGUGCAAUUUGCCCCAACCCCAAGCUCGUCAUUACAGGUGGAACAAGCACGGUUGUGUGUGUGUGGGAGAUGGGCACCUCAAAAGAAAAGGCGAAGACUCUCACGCUCAAGCAGGCCUUACUUGGCCACACUGAUACUGUCACCUGCGCCACAGCAUCACUAGCCUAUCACAUAAUUGUCAGUGGGUCCCGCGACCGGACGUGCAUUAUUUGGGAUUUGAAUAAACUGUCAUUUCUAACCCAGCUACGAGGCCAUCGAGCUCCGGUUUCUACUCUUUGUAUCAAUGAAUUAACAGGGGACAUUGUGUCCUGCGCUGGCACAUACAUCCAUGUGUGGAGCAUUAACGGGAACCCUAUCAUGAGUGUAAACACGUUCACAGGUUGGAGCCAGCAGAUCGUCUGCUGCUGCGUGUCAGAGAUGAACGAAUGGGACACACAGAAUGUCAUAGUAACAGGACACUCAAAUGGAGAGGUUAGGUUUUGGAGAAUGGAAUUUCUGCAAGUUCCUGAAACACCAGCUCCUGAACCUGAGGAAGUCCUAGAAAUGCAGGAAGACUGUCCAGAAGCACAAAUAGGGCAGGAAGCUCAAGAUGAGGACAGCAGUGAUUCAGAAGCAGAUGAGCAGAGCAUCAGCCAGGAACCUAAGGACACUCCUAGCCAGCCAAGCAGCACCAGCCACAGACCUCGGGCAGCCUCCUGCAGAGCAACAGCCACCUGGUGCACUGAUAGUGGCUCUGAUGACUCCAGGCGCUGGUCCGACCAGCUCAGUCUAGAUGAGAAAGAUGGCUUCAUCUUUGUCAACUAUUCGGAGGGCCAGACCAGAACCCAUGUACAGGGCCCCAUUAGCCACCCACAUCCCAAUCCUAUGGAAGCACGAAAUUACAACAGAUUGAAACCUGGGUACCGGUGGGAACGGCAGCUGGUAUUCAGGCAUAAGUUCACUAUGCACACAGCCUUCAUUCGAAGGGACAACACACACCCAGCUGAAGUCACCGCACUUGGCAUCUCCAAGGACCACAGCAGGAUCCUCGUUGGUGAUAGUCGAGGCCGAGUCUUCAGCUGGUCUGUGAGUGACCAGCCAGGCCGCUCUGCUGCUGACCAUUGGGUGAAGGACGAAGGCAGUGACAGCUGCUCCAACUGCUCUGUGCGGUUUUCUCUCACAGAAAGACGACACCAUUGCAGGAACUGUGGACAGCUCUUCUGCCAGAAGUGCAGUCGAUUUCAGUCAGAAAUCAAACGCUUGAAAAUCUCAUCCCCGGUGCGUGUUUGUCAAAACUGUUAUUAUAACUUACAGCAUGAGAGGGGUUCAGAAGAUGGGCCUCGAAAUUGUUGAAGAUUGAACAAGCUGAUUAGAGACCACAGACCCCUCUCAGAUUCCCCUGUCACAACUCGGAAGGCAUCAGAAACAGUCUCCGUUUACACAUCUCUUCAUACCACAUGGUUGAAGUGUUGAAUUCAAAGGGAUCAUUGAAUAAACGGGUGUAGAGUACAGUACCGGGGCAGACACUAUUCAGGUGGACAGCGCAAGAAGAAUACAAGGUGGUUCCUAGGAACGACAUUUUCAAUAUCCAGUUCUCCCUGAUAACAGUAGCUGUCUCCAAGAGAAAAAUCCUCACUUAAUAACUGUCUUUUCCUGCAUCUCAUUUUUAUAGAGCUAUCCAUCCUUAUUUGGAAAAACCAACAAAAACAAAAAAGGCUUUUAGAAAAUGGUUGUAAAUCUGACUCCUUUGCAAGUAACUGUGUAUAUUGUAAAUAGGUAUAAAGGCCUUUUUUUCUAAAUAAGGACCUAACUGCCUGUAACAGGAGACUUCAAACUAAACCACUAACGCAAAGAACUACUUAUGGUUUGUCUAACAUCUCUCACUUACCAACUGAUUAUAAAUGUUUUUUUAAAAUCCUCAAAGACAUUAUCUGUGGUUUUUUUCUUUUCUUUUCAAACCCAGCCUGUGUGCCUGAUGUCAUUUCUUUCAAGUUGCCCACAGUAUCUCCACUUAAACUAGGCUAAUAACCAAAAUAAUGUGGACCUUCUUUAGGAAACAGUGUGGGAGAAUAGAAGUCCAGCCGUGAGAUAACCUGGAAAUAUUAGGGCGUCUUGUACCUGGCUAUGCACCACCUCAGUGUUGCUCUUAUGUAACAAGGCCCCUUAAACUUGUGUGUGGACUGCUGUUUGGUCAAGGCAUAUAUUCUUAGUGUUGCAUAAAGGUGGUCAGGUGACUGAUGUAGUGCAGAAAGCAGCCCUGCCUCAAUUAAUGGAAUAUAUUUGCAUGUGACCCCAAAUUAGCUUUCUUGCAUAGAACAUAAUAAGUAUGUGUCUUUGGUGAUACUAAUGUUCUACUAUAACAUAUUUUCAAAAAAAAAAAAAAAAAAGGUUAAAAAAAGUGUACAGAAUUAAAAUUUAAACCUGUGUAAAACUGGAUCAUGUCAGAACUGCUUAAAAUUAACCUUUAACAUUUAAUGCCAUCUACCUGAAAAUGGUGAGAUUUAUACUGUAUCAAUGUCUAUUUUUUUGUUUUUGCUAUGAAUAUAAUUACAGUAUUUUAAUAUUUAGUUAUUUAAUUUGUUCUACUAGUUGGAUACAGAACACACAAAUCCAGGGGGGUUAAAGCUGGCUGGGGCUAAGAGAUAAGUUUAGUUUACAGAAAAGAAAGGCUUUGGUGGUGGGAUUUUUUUAAAUGUGUGUUAUGUACAUAAAUAUAAAUAUAUAUAUAAAAUCAAAUGAAACAAUUACUCUAGAUUUUAACAUUUUCAGAUACUUAGUAAUAAUAUUAUGAACAGUUCUAAAAGCCCUGUGAUUUGAAAAAUGUAGAAUCAUUAAUGGCCCCAAAAAGGAAGGACAGGCCUUCACACCCUCAUGGAGGCAUCAUACAAAGGACAGUGGCUUUGGCUAUCCCAACUUUUCAUCUUUAGGCCCUGGUAACAGGCACACUUAAUGCACUAAAAUGCACAUAUAUGUACAUGCAUUCAAAACUAGGCAUUUGGUACAACAGUGAUCUUGUACCUAAUGGGCUGAAACCAGCUUAAGAACAGAUUUGUUCUUCCUGAUAACUAGGUCUCCAAGAGAAAUAGAAAGGCUGCUUUAGUGCCUUAUGCUACUAAAUUUAAGUCUUUAUUUACCUAAGUUUGAGCCUACAGUCUACUUAUGAUUACAUAUCAGAUCUGAUUAAAACACUUCCAUUUCUAAAAGUUCAGAUACACUUGUUAAUAAAAGGAUUAUUGGCAUUAAUAAUUUCACUUGAAGAAAAGUCGUGUUCUGUUUUCCUUUCUGUGUCUCACUCCUCGCCCCUCCCCAUCUCCAUCUUAUUCCCAUUCUAGCAAACAAUGCUGAUGUUCACCAGUUGCAGAAACUGUGCUGUCACACAGUACCGGGCUGCCUGCCUGCCCUCUGGAUGCAUUGUAGCAGUGUUAUUCUACACUUUUUUUAAAAAAGAAGCACCCUCCUUUUGUCCACGACCAUGUUUACCCCAUAUCCAAUGGCAGAGGUGUUCCUUAAAGACUUGAAUAUAGGAAUGUGUGUGUGUAGUCACUUAAAGGUUAUUCCUGUAUGUAGUCCAAAGUUAUAUGGGAUGAACACUUUGAAACUUUCCAACACAACUUCCAUAAUAGAAGGUGGAAACCAAAACCCUCAUGAUAGUAUUUCCUCUGGCAGCUGGUGCUGUGGGCAACUGUUUUGUUCAAUCUAGUUUAUUUUCCUUUUGCUUCCGAGGCAGAAAUCAUAGAAUCACUCACACAUACAAGUACACUCACGCACAUAAACUAAUUGUUUCUCUGGGUAUCUUCUGUGUUCUAUGUAAAUUUGUUUACCAACACAUAUUCUCAGUGUGUACAUCCACCUUUGUGUGGUCUGCAUUCUUUCUCUGCGAGUACCUCACAGGGCUCCUGCCUGAUCUUCGUAGUUUUAUUUGUUCAUCCAUCCUUCCCAUCCACCCACUUAUUUGUCCAUGUACUCUAACAUUUGUGUGUAGCGUGCAAGUGUAAUGUCAUGCUUUUGAAGAAGAGAAUAGCUGCCCAUAGCAGCCAUCCGUCUGGAUAAUAGCAAAACACUCUAGAUAAGUUAUUUUGCACUUUCUUAUGUAUAAAGUUGGUAGAAACUUAUUUUUGCUUUGUAUCAUUUAAAUACAUUUUGUUUUGGUAAAUGAACUGUGUAUAAAAUAUUUAUGCUGUUAAAACUGUUUUUAGAAAGUAUUUUUAAUUUCAGCAAGUUUGGUUACUUGUUGCAUGACUAUUAACACAGCUGACUUUUUGUGUCAGUGCAAUGUAUAUUUUUUGUCCUGUUAUUAACUUGUAAGCCCUAGUAAUGGCCGAUUAUUUGUACAGCAACAGAAGUAAAUUGAAGAUACUGGCUAAGACUGGAUUGAUUGUGGACUUUUGUACUAUAUUGCAGAAUCCAAUAUCUGUUUUUUGGUGGAUAUGUAAAAGGCCUGAAGAAUUCCUAUCUAGUGUGCAAUCUGUGAUAUCUGAAUGUUCAUUGUAUAUCUGUCUCUGAUACAAAAAGGUAGAGUAACACAAUUACAAUACAUGAUUAAAUGCAAUAGUCCAGGUA